GGUUUAUUCUUACUCUUGCGCAAACCACAUUUGACGGCUGCUCUGGUUCAGCUUGUCUGGUCGAUUCGCCUUAUACUUUUUGACGACCACCUCCCAGCAAACCACCCGGGGGUUUCCAUAUACACUCUUCUCUUUUAAUCCUUGGACAUCACCUUCAACUCGGGCAUUUCACAGACAUGGAGUGCUUGAAGAACAACUUCGUCGAGGGCCAGCUCCUGGAUGGGCGGUUCCAGACGGUGGCUCCCUUGAACCAUGGCUCGUUUGGGAUGGUCUUCCUUGCUAAAGAUACCAAGACUGGCCGGGACGUUGCUAUCAAGUGCCUCACCAAGGCAUCAUCCACCGACCCCAAUUCUCCGGUGGCCGUUGAUGACCGGUCCGAGGAACUUGAAUGCCACAGACGUCUUGGCCAUCAUCCCAAUAUAGUCAACCUGAUCCACUCGUUCGAGACUGCUGCGCACAUCUAUCUUGUCUUGGAAUACUGCGCCAAUGGUGAUCUGUACGAGGCCAUUAGGCUCAACCGGGGUCCUCUGGAGACGGAACAUGUGCGAGACUUCAUGUUGCAGCUGAUCAGUGCUGUCGAUUUUAUGCAUGCACAUGGGCUCUAUCAUCGUGAUAUCAAGCCAGAGAACAUCUUUCUGGCCCAGGAUGGGGCCAUGAAGCUGGGCGACUUUGGCCUUGCUACCCGUAGCCCUUGGUGCUACGAGGCCUGCGUCGGGAGUGACCGAUAUAUGGCUCCGGAGCAAUAUGAACCGUCCACUACCGGCUACUCCCCUGCCAAGGCUGACGUCUGGGCUGUUGGUAUUUGCCUGCUCAACAUCUUGUUCUCUCGCAAUCCCUUCGUCACCCCUACAGAAUCCGAUGUUCUCUUUGCGGACUAUGUUCGUGACCGACAGUCACUGUUUGAUGUCUUCCCCAACAUGUCGCAGGACACCUUUGAGAUCCUGAGCAAUGCUCUGGCUCUGGAUCCGGAGAAGCGCUCCCUGUCUGGUGUCCGUGAGGCCAUCCUGCGAGCAGUGUCCUUCACCACCGAUGACGAUGUUCUGGAUGACUUCUGCACGGAAGAUCGCGAUGUUGUGGCUGCCAGUGCCAACCGCGAACCGCUCAGGACUCCGUCGAUCCAGAGCCCGCAGAUCAACCAAGGCGAUUCCUUCCCCUGGGCCAAGGCGCUUCAGGCAAGCCCUCCGCAACCUGUUCGUCAGCUAUCCGUUAUCCCGGACAACGAAAGUUACACCGAGGAUCUGUUCCCGCCGUCCGAGACUGCUGGUACAUCGUGGUUCUCCAUUCCAGCUCCGGCUACCCCAUCGAUGGCCUCUGUCUUGGAUUCAGCUCUGGGUGAAUCGUUCAAGUCAUUGGCGAUUCGCCCCCAGGAACAGCGCUAUCCUCCCCAAUCGGAUCCGGUUCCUGUUAGCGGAUCGCUGCCGAACCGCACCAUGAAGCCUUUGCCUUCUAUGUCCAUGGUCUUUGGGCGCAAGAAGUGUGACCAGAUCUCAAAGAGCUGGAGUGAUCUUUGGGAUGAGGAAGAAGAGGAGUCUGAGAACGAGGAUGUUAUGUUACAGCAGCGACGUGAGCAGAACUCGCGUAGCUGGAGUCAGGAGAGCAAACAUGGAGAGUCUUCAUCUCGUCCAACAGGACUCUGCGAGCACAAGUCCACUGCAUUUGUCAAUUCUCGCUCGCAGGGCCCGAAGGAUAUCCCCAGCUCACCGGAAGAAUCUGGUCCCAAGGGCAUCCGAGUCCCGGGAAACACCUCCGAUGGGGAGAAUGAGUCGCCUACCCCGAGCAGCCGCUUCCGUACAUUGCGUUAUUCCCCUCCGAAGAGGUCGAAUUUCGACAAGUGGGCUGCGCUCGGGAACAAGAGGAGGAAUUUCCAGCCGAAGGAGCCCUCCAGGCCUCAGAAGCAGCAGUCGAUCAUGGCGAGCUGGAGACGGGACUGGUGUCCUGCAUCGUCAAGCCUCGACUCUGCUCCGACGGUUAGGAAAGAUGUUUCGCCAACCAAUGAUCGCCAUCGUCGUGCUUACCUCGACAAGGACUGGCGUCGUGAUGCUUUCGAAACCAUCAAGCCAAAGAAGUCCAAGCUUCCCUACCAUGGCUACGAUGGCAGCGUUGACGAGGACCUUGACCUGGUCGGUGGCUGGCAUGAUAUGCCGCUGUAGUUCUAGUUUUCCCCACUUCUUCUUAUUCCUUUUUUUUAUAUUAAUGACUUUCCCGCUUCUACCUUUCCUCAAACCUACUGCUGCUGCUGAUCCUGCUUGCUAUUUGCCUUCCAUGAUCCGAUUGACGCACCCUUUCUUGACAUUCUACUUCUCGCCU